CGUACAUCCUAGCCGCAGGGAACCCAAUUCUCAAGAGUCAACCACUCGCUUCGAAAAUAUACGCCAUCACUGCUUUUUGUUUCGGUACCUGAUUCUGGUAUUGCCACACCGAGUCCAUCCAUUACUCCAUUGGCAAUAUUGCCGCGGCUCCAGCAUUUAUUUAGUGUUGUGAGGGAGAUGUAAUUUGGAUAUGGUUUUCAACAUGGCGAGGGACGUGCACGUGGUCCCUGCGGACCCUCAGGUUGCUGCAGCUUCUGCUGCGGCCGCCGUCAAGAAGAAGAUGCAGCCGGCCAGGAGUUGGAUUCUCAUCGACGCUUCUGGACAAAGCACCAUUCUUGAUGCUGACAAGCACGCUAUUAUGCACCGCGUGCAGAUUCACGCGCGCGAUCUCCGUAUUCUCGACCCAUUGUUGUCGUAUCCCUCUACCAUUCUUGGACGAGAGGGGGCUAUUGUUUUGAACUUGGAGCACAUCAAGGCAAUUAUUACUUCUGAAGAGGUAUUGCUUCGAGAUCCACUGGAUGAAAAUGUCAUCCCAGUUGUUGAGGAACUUCAAAGGCGACUACCCCCUGCAAAUCUCAUUCCCCAAGGCCAAGGAUAUGGGAGAGAGAAUCCCAGUGGGCAAAAUGAGGUUGAGGCGGGUGAAGAGGAUGAGUCUCCAUUUGAAUUUCGGGCAUUGGAGGUGGCUUUGGAAGCCAUCUGUAGCUUUCUAGCUGCACGUACAACAGAACUAGAGUCUGCUGCUUAUCCUGCUUUAGAUGAGCUUACCUCCAAAAUUAGUAGCCGUAACUUGGAUAGAGUUCGUAAACUGAAGAGUGCAAUGACUAGGUUGACUGCUCGGGUUCAGAAGGUAAGAGAUGAGCUUGAGCAACUGCUGGAUGACGAUGAUGAUAUGGCGGACCUGUACUUGUCAAGAAAGUUGGCUGGUGCAUCGCCAGUUAGUGGAUCAGGUGGUGCCAAUUGGUUUUCUGCCUCCCCUACCAUAGGUUCAAAAAUUUCUAGGGCAAGUAGAGCGAGUGUGGCAACAGUUCGUGGAGAUGAGAAUGACGUUGAGGAGCUUGAAAUGUUACUAGAGGCCUAUUUUAUGCAAAUUGAUAGCACUCUGAACAAAUUAACUACGUUGCGUGAAUACAUUGAUGAUACAGAGGAUUACAUUAAUAUUCAGCUUGACAAUCAUCGAAACCAGCUGAUUCAGUUAGAGCUCUUUCUAAGUUCAGGAACUGUCUGUUCAUCCUUCUAUUCUUUGGUGGCUGGAAUAUUUGGCAUGAAUAUCCCAUAUACAUGGAAUGAUAACCAUGGAUAUAUGUUUAAAUGGGUGGUAAUGGUAACAGGAGCAUUUUGUGUAGCUGUGUUAAUACUAAUUAUGUCCUAUGCUCGGUUUAAGGGUUUGGUUGGAUCUUGAAUAAAAGGUCCUCUUUGCUGCCGCUAGAGAAAUAUUACCGAGAUUCUUGGUUCUUUUAUUAUCUUUUGGGACUGCCUUUUGGUAAACGUGAGGAUCCAGACUAUUCUCAGCACACGUAAAAUUUCAGGUCAAAGGCUGGAUAUGUUGAAAUGACCGAGCCUGCAGGAAGUUGAUAUGGGUCUUCAAAAGCCUGAUCGAUUGGUUCGGGCACCAAAUGUGAUGUGAUUACUUGACAGUGAUUUAUAAUUUUCCAGUAUUUAUCCUAUAGGCAUUAGCAUUUCUUACUUUUCCAAUGCACAUAUUUCUGAUUUUAUAAAAGUUGAGAGUUCACCCUUCAA